AUGGCGAGUGGUAGUUCUUCGGAAGAAGGAGCACGCCAGAACUCCGCCGACAAGGACAAGCUGAUCACCGUUCUGAGCAUCGAUGGCGGCAGCGUCAGAGGGAUCAUUCCGGCCACCAUCCUCGCCUUCCUUGGAGAGGAGCUUAAGAAACUGGAUGGGCCAGAAGCUAGGAUCGCAGACUACUUUGAUGUUGUCGCUGGCACGAGCACCGGCGGCCUCUUGACGGUGAUGCUCACGGCGCCGGACAAGAACGGGCGGCCUUUGUUCGAUGCCAAGGAGCUUGCUCAGUUCUACAUGGACGAGUCGCCCAAGAUCUUCCCACAGAAGAACUCGUUCUUUGGCAAGAUCGCCACAGCUCUGAGGAUGGUGCGAGGGCCCAAGUACAACGGGAAGUACCUCCAUGCGCUGCUUCGUCGGUACCUUGGUGAGACCAAGUUGGACGGUACGCUGACCAAUGUGGUCAUCCCGACCUUCGAUAUCACAUACCUGCAACCCACGAUUUUCUCGAGCUUUCAGUUGAAGCACUCGCCUGCGAAAAACGCACUCCUGUCAGACAUCGCGAUCAGCACCUCCGCCGCGCCGACGUUCUUUCCGGCGCACUACUUCGAGGCCAAGGACGACAAAGGCGAGCCGAGGGCCUUCAACCUCAUCGACGGCGGCCUCGCCGCCAACAACCCCACGCUAUGCGCGAUGAGCCAAGUGUCGCAGGACAUCAUCGUGGGGGACGGCGAGUUCUUCGUGGAGAACCCGGUCGAGUACGGCAAGUUCAUGGUGGUCUCCGUCGGCUGCGGGCUGAACCCGAAAGAGAGCUACAGCGCCAAGGACGCCGCCAAGUGGGGGAUCCUGAACUGGAUCGUCAAGGACGGCACCGCCCCCCUCGUCGACAUGUUCAACGCCGCCAGCGCCGACAUGGUGGACAUCCACCUCUCCGUCCUCUUCGGCGCCCUGCGCUCCUCCCACCGCUACCUGCGCAUCCAGUACGAUCAGCUGAGCGGGAGUGCCGGUUCCAUCGACGACUGCUCGAAGGAGAACAUGGACAGGCUGGUGCAGAUCGGGCACGAGCUCCUCAGGAAGAACGUGUCCCGGGUGGACCUGGAGACCGGCCGGAACGUGGAGAUGCCCGGCCUAGGCACCAACGCGGAGCAGCUCGCCAAGUUCGCAAAGCACCUGUCCGACGAGCGGCGCCGGCGCAAAAAGUGGACGCAGCUCGGCACCUACAACACACCGGAGCUUGCUGCUUGGACGUUCCGCCGAUUGAGGUCCAAGCUCAACUCCCCGGAUGUUUCGAGUGUCAAGGAGGUGGAGUUUCCCGCUCCCUAUGUGCGGUUUAUGCCCCACAAAGAGGAGAAGGAAGACCGUCUAGUCGUGGAGCAGCACACUUCCCAUGAGGGUGACACGGUGGCUAUGGCGAGGAGGAACAAGGAGCGCAAGAAGGAGAGGACGGUCAAGGAGGACGAGGCAGGCCCCUCAAUGGUGAUCAACAUUGAGACAUACGAGGACAAGUUGGAUAUUGGGGAUGGGCCACUCCUAGACCUUUGGAACCGUGUCAACGAUGAUGAUGAUGACGAGUAG